AUGAAACCAAGAUGUAGUUCUAAAAAAUGCAUCAACUCAAGAUAUUGUCAACAAUUUAAUGAAGAAAUGAGAAAUGAUAUAUUUAAAACUUAUUGGUCUGCUACCUGGGAGGAGAAAAAUACGUAUGUAAUAAGUAUGGUAACAUUUACAUCACGUAAAAGAGAUACAACUGGGCUUGGCAAUGAAAGCAGGAGGUCUAAUACAUUCAGUUACUUUUUAAAACACAGUUCUUCUGAACGUCUUCAAGUUUGUAAAAUAAUGUUCUUAAAUACUCUUGGAUUAAACGAAUGGAUGGUUCAAAAUUGGACAAAACAAGCAAUUCAUGGAUUGCCAGGAAAAAUUAAAAAUGGAAAGAUACAAGAAUCAUGCAGCAUUGUUGAAAUUUCACCACGCCAAAAAAAAUCUUUAGCAGUAAGAAUCAAUCACUUAAAGAACUGGUUCUCUACAUUGCCAAAAAUGCCAUCGCAUUAUUGUAGAAGUAAGACUGACAGAUUGUACCUUGAAGGACCGUUCUACUGCAAGCAAGAAAUUAUGGAUGCUUACAAAUUAAAAUGUGUUGAAGAUAGUUUGGUUCCAUUAAGCAACUGUUAUUUAUCAAACUUCAUGAUUGAAAAUAAACUCUCAAUUUAUCUCCCACGAAAAGAUAAAUGUGAUUUUUGUACCUCAUUUAAUAUUGGCGAAGUAAACGAAAAUGAUUAUGCUGAACACAUUGCCCAUAAAGAUAGGGCAAGAGAAGAAAAAGAAAAGGAUACAAAACUGGCCAAAGAAAAAAAAUCUUGUACUGUACUUACAAUUGAUUGUCAGGCAGUAAAACUUUGUCCUGUACUGCAAACAAGUGCAUUGUACUAUUCAAUGAAACUAAAAGUUCAUAAUAUCACAAUUUAUAAUAAUGCAACUGCAGAUUGUCAAAAUUACUGGUGGCACGAAGGUAAUGGUGAACUAGAGGCUUCAGUUUUUGUAUCUAUAGUUAUAAAACACUUGGAAAAAUAUUGUUUGAAUGAAAAAAAACCCAUAAUCAUAUACUCUGAUGAGUGUGGGUAUCAAAAUCGAAAUGUGAUUAUGGCAAAUGCAUUAUUACAUUUUGCAGUUAAACAUCAAGUAACUAUUGAGCAAAAGUAUCUUGUUAAAGGGCAUACCCAAAUGCAGUGUGACAGUGUUCACAGCCUUAUCGAGAGAAAACUUAAAGGACAGGACAUACACUUGCCUUCAGAUUACAUUAGAAUAACCAAAGCAGCAAGAAAAACUCCUUCGCAAUUAGGAGCUACAUUGUUAAAUUAUGAUUUUUUUUUAAAUUUUAAAACACAUCAAACCUAUGCAUCUAUUAGGCCUGGUCGCACAAAAGGGGAUCCUGAAGUUAAGGAUAUUAGAUGCUUACUUUAUGAUCCAACUACAAAGAGAAUUAUGUACAAAUUAAUAUUUGAUGAACCUUAUGACGAUAUACCUGUUGGAAGAAAACCAGUAUUAAUGCAAAAUGAAAUAAAAUAUGAAAACCUCUAUAAAAAACCAUUAAGUAUCACAUUAUCAAAAUAUCAAGAUCUUCAAAAACUCAAACAAUUUCUUCCAGCAGACACACAUUCAUUUUAUGACAGUUUAGAGCAUGCUUCAUCUUUCAAAACUAAGAAGGGUAAAAUUUAA